AUGAACGGUGUUACAAAUUUGCUGAAAAAGAAUGCACUGACGCCUCCGAUUCCUCUUUAUCGACGAUUGCUGCGAGUUCAUCGAGUUAUGCUUGGUCCACAAGAACGAGCAUUGGGUGAUGAAUACGUAAAAGCCGAAUUUAGACGCCAUAAGAACGUUACAAACCCACUGCAUUUAGUAGGCUUCCUGACGUCUUGGCAACGCUAUGCAGAAACACUGGAAGCUGAUGCAUGGAAAGAACAACGAGUUGAUAAUAGAGACUUAUUAGAAUCAUUGAAUGAGCAACAGUUAGGACAGCUUUACGAGCUCUCGAAGGCUCUUCGCGAAGAGAGAGAUUCUGAAUCUGAUCCAGUGAAGAAGUAG